AUACAGCAAUUCAUCAGUCCUGUCAGUUUUUCUGUCGGUGGGUCUUCAACUUCCUCGUUUGUGAGUGGUGCUUCCUCUUUCGCUUACUAGCAUGAAUGUUUUUCGGGGUGAGGCUUCAAAAAGAGUUUGGUAACGGUUAACAUCGACACAUUAUAAAAUAAUCUCACAGAACAGACAUUUAAAACGGAGCGGCCUGUCUCUGACCAGUUAAGUUUGGUUUCAGAUUCGAAUCGUUGUGUGGGGCUGCUGAGACUUGCACAAGAUGGCAGUUGUGUGUUCAUUGAUGGAUGCUUGACAAGUGUGUGGUGUUUGUAGUUGUGGCAAUAUCUGUCGAUGUAGUUUCGAUGCUGUCUGCUUGAGUCUAUUUUUUAUGCGUUGGAAAUGUUGGGAGACACGAGCACCCUGUCUUGGAGGAGCAUGUCUCCCACCGGCCAACCCAAGACCCCAGACAUGUCCCCCACAGCGAUGAUUGGCAGCAACAGCAUCUUCCCGGUGAAGAUUAUCAAAGUGUGUUUCCUCAGCAACAGCUUCAACCUCGGCAAGAACUUCAAAUUGGUCCGCUGCAAUGAAGGAAUGGCAGUCAAGGAUGUCAUCAACAUUGUCCUGUCGGGUGGCUGCGUGGGUCCUGGCAUAAAACACACCCAGUGCUACGGGCUCCUCCUCAAACACCUCAAGUCGUCCGAGAUACACUGGCUGCACCCGGACCUGACAAUGACUGAACUCACCCAGCGUUACGAGCAGCAGCACCUGGAGGCUGAGUGGAGAUAUGACUUAAGGAUCAGAUACAUUCCAUCAAACUUCUUAGCAAAAUUCCAAGAGGACAGAACCACCAUGCUCUACUUUUACCAGCAGGUACGCAGCGACUAUAUGCAGCGGUUUGCCUCAAAAGUCAGUGAUGGGAUGGCUCUCCAGCUUGGUUGCCUGGAGAUUAGGAGAUUCUACAAAGACAUGAAUCCAAACGGACUGGAGAAAAAGUCCAACUUUGAGCUGUUAGAGAAGGAAGUUGGACUGGACUUGUUCUUUCCGAAAGAGCUUAUCAACAGCAUGAAGCCGAAACAACUGCGUCGAAUGAUCCGGCAGACAUUUCAAGGCUACGGCACUCUGAACCAAGAGCAGUGCAUGGUCAAGUUCUUCAGCACUCUGGCUCAGUGUUACAGCUUUACUCAGGAGAGAUUUGCCUGCCAGCUGGUGCAUGGUUGGCGUGUAACAAUCGACCUGGUCAUUGGAUCUGAAGGUAUCAGUCAGCAAACUGACAAUUCAACACCCGUCCUCCUGGCCACAUUCUCCCAGGUGAAUAGUAUCUUGUUCUCUGCUGAGAGCCACGGCCGAGCUCUGCUCACCGUAUACAUAGAGGGAACUAAGCAGCCCCUCUCAGUGAGUACAGAGUCUAUGGCUGUAGCAGAAAACAUGGCCAACCUAAUUGAUGGCUUCUGCCAGAUAGAGCGCUCCCCUGAGGGCUCGCUCAUUAACAGGCCUAGCAAAGUGAGACUGAAACUGCCUGACAUUCCAAAAGGCAAUGAUUCAACUGGACCAAAUAGAGAUUCAGACAUUUAUGCUGAGAUUCCUGAGAGCCCGAUAAGCCCUUGUGAGAAGCAAAGGAUCUCCCGAGCAAAUGUAAUUUUAGGUCAGAUCCUGGGUGAGGGCUUUUUUGGAGAGGUUCAUGAGGGUGUGUAUAAAAGCCCGACAGGCGACACAAUCCAAGUGGCCAUCAAAACCUGCAAGGACUGCUCAGCAGGCGUGAAGGAAAAAUUUCUCAGUGAAGCUGACUUAAUGAAAAAUCUGGACCACCCCCACAUUGUGCGCCUGAUUGGAGUCAUUCAUGUUGAUCCGGUCUGGAUUGUCAUGGAACUCUAUCAACAUGGAGAGCUGGGGAACUAUCUGAAGGAGCAGAAAUCUACCCUGACAACAGCAACAUUAAUACUGUACUGUCUACAAAUCUGCAAAGCCUUAUCUUACCUGGAGGGCCUCAACAUGGUGCACAGAGAUAUAGCAGUGAGAAACAUCCUUGUGGCAUCUCCUGACUGUGUCAAACUUGGUGACUUUGGUCUCUCUCGUUACAUAGAUGAUCAGGAGUACUAUAAAGCAUCCGUUUCAAGAAUGCCAAUCAAAUGGAUGGCCCCAGAAUCCAUCAACUUCCGACGGUUCACCAUUGCCAGCGAUGUCUGGAUGUUUGGUGUGUGCGUGUGGGAGAUCUUUUCCAUGGGCCAACAACCAUUCCUCUGGCUUGAAAACGGACAGGUGAUCACCCAGCUGGAGUCCGGCGUCCGACUUCCCAAGCCACUGUUGUGCCCGCCCACUCUUUACUCUAUGCUGACCAGCUGCUGGGCCUAUGAGCCGUACAUCCGUCCCAGCUUCCGCCAGCUCGUCUGCUCCCUGAGGGACAUUCUCAAAAUGGAGGAGGCAGAUUCACCACACCGCAUCUCGUCCAGCUCGCCACUGGGCCAUGACCACACCGAGCCUCCCCCAAAGCCUUCCAGAGUGCGACCCACCAGCCCCCUCGUCUCGCACAGUCAGGGAACAGCCUGGGACGCGCCACUUUGGGAGAAACGGCAAGAAAACGUUGACGGCACUCUACGAAGGCAAAAAAGAGAGAUGGCGAUGGAUAGUCAGUGGCUGGAGCAGGAGGAGCAACAACUGGAUCCUGCUGUGCGACAAGCUUCAAAUACAAAGCUUCCAGAAAAAAAUGCAGCUGACUGUUCUCCCCCAACAUCCCCAGUGACGCCUGAGAUCACAUUGUCUUGUCCCACAGCUGAAUUGGAUCGAUCGGAUGAUCAGGUUUACUCCGGCGUCAUGGCGAUAGUCAGACAAGUGGUCCAGCUGAAGAAUGAGGUCAACAUGCUGCCGGCCUCAGAGUACCCCAACGCUGUCAAAGCAGUUGGCGUCACUCUGCGAAGCCUCAUUCAACACGUUGAUGAUAUCCUGCCUUCCCUGCACGGCUCAAUUACAAACGAGAUCGUAGGCACAAAGAAGCUGCUGAACAAGGAUUUAGGGGAGUUGAUCAAUAAAAUGAGAUUGGCCCAGCAGAACUCAGUGACAACACUGAAACAGGAGUGCCAACGACAGAUGCUGGCUGCCGCACACACCCUGGCACUGAACUCCAAGAACCUGCUGGAUGCGGUGGACCAGGCCCGCGUCAGGUUGAGACAAGAUGAGGACAGCUCGGGGCAUUAAGGGGACCGGAAGGGAAAUGUCCUCUGCAAAAACGAGAAUUUGAAGAGGCGCUACUGUAUGUCUCCUGGCUGUCUUGAAAACGCUUAAGAUCCCUCAGGAGGAGUUGGAUAACAUGGCGGGGGAAAGCAAGUCUGCUUUAUUUACUGCCCCAUGACCAGAACUUGGAUCAGUGGAAGAGCAUAUGGAGAACAAUUCUAUAUUUCUGUAAAUUUCUAGAUUGUAAGAAAGGGACAGGACUAGAUAAUCUUAAAUGCUUCUUCCUGCCUGUUCCUCCUAAACACACCAGUUUAACAUAUUUGAGUAUUAGUUAUCGUUUUUUUGUUUUUUUUAUUAUUUUCCAUUGCACUGGUUAACCUGUUUUUUGUUUUAAUAAACGACCUGUGCAGAAUCAUGUGUCUCUAAGGUUAAAAAAAAAAAAAAAACAGGAUGCAAAGGCCGCGUUCAGAAAUUCACUGAUGCCCGUGCACUACUCUGACAUUGGUUGUGUCCAAUUGCACAGGACGGAUCUUCCUCAUGGUCGCUUGACGCCACUUCCAGCGCGAUUUGACUGCACGCGGUGUCCAAAUUCGCCACGGUUUAAGCGGUCCACGGAGGGUGAAUGAGGACGAGCCCUUGAAGGCGUCGAAGGUCCCAGCCUGCGAAUUGUCCUCCGACAAUUUGGAAACCACGUGGAGUUGAAAGCCCCGGAAGUGACGGCAUGCGACUGAAAACGCAGAGUGCACUCCGCUCCGAGUAAUAUUCGAUCGCAGCCUUCGUUCUCACCAAUCAACAAUUCGUUCUUGAAGUGUAAAUUCAAGCAGCGCAUCGGCGGUGAACUCAUGCGCGCUCCGAGCAUAUUUCCGCCCAUACACACACGAACAUACAAACCUGGUCUCGGUCGUGUUUGGAUCGAAGUUCAUUAUCAGAAAAGAAUGACAAUGCAAUGUAAAUUUCAGUUUAUUCAAUGGAAAGGACCUUCGGGAAGUAACAGUGAUUCCCAUAGUACAGACAAAGGACAUAAAUUAUAGAGGCAAAUGAAAGAAGUGGGGGGAGGGGGGAUUAAUCCACACUGCCCAGAGGGACACUGAGCAGGAUGCGGAAGAAUCAGUGAAGUCUGAAUUUGUCAUUCAUCAUGUGAGCAGUUUCAUUUAUCCUGUACAUGAAAUUCUAAAUGAUAGUACAAAAAGGAAUACAAAAUACAAAAAACAGUACAACUGCCAGCAAAUUAUCCAUAAAUAUUAAUAUUGAUCCACAUUGGUUUGACAAAACAAUGACUUCUGUAAACAUUUUCCACAUAAUGUGUGCAUUACUAUU